UGUAAAGGUUGUUAUAAUAGGUAAGAGAGACACGUCGAGGUUUCCAAAACUGUAGAAGAAAUAGCAACCUCGCUACCAGAUAAAGGAACGUACCGUCCCACUUUACUCGAACGAAGUGGGCUGCACUUACUGUGAACUCCCCACGAGUAUGUCUCGCUUGAGAUCGCUCGUAGAUCUUGCGCAUAUGUGCGAUGUGCUCAUCUCGAUCCGUUGCAUCACCUUAGUCGAUGCACUCUUGGUCUAUUCAGAGGUGACCGGUCUUAGCUUCAAGAGUAUCGUAUUGCAGUGCUCGAUAGAUAACAGAAGGAGGGCAGUGUGGCGGACGGGCUUCCGUACCAUUGAUCCAGACUCUGAUUUCGGGUGUGUUGAAUUGAGCUGCAAGACCCUCAGGUUGUGCCCAAGUGUAGGACACGGCAACAUAUGCCCAGCUGGGAUGGUAAUCUACUUUCUGUGUAAGGCGCAGAUGAAUCGUGUUUCCCAAGGGUUCAGACUCAGGCUUAUCCCGCAAAGUGAGAAAUUGAAGGGGAAUUCGCGUGUCGGAGACUGUCUUCUUAUAUUUUGUCUCGAGAUCUGUCAAUGCUGUUUGAAGAGCUUCGGCACUGGAGUAUAGUUCGCCAAACAUUUUGUCAGAAUCGAGCUCCAUUUGUAUGUUGUUGGAUCUUGAGAAGAUAGCAGAGUGUAAAGAACAGUCUGGUCGCUAUGAGGACGAUGUAGUUUAGCCUA